AUGCCAAACGGAACUCCCUUAAUCAACGUAUCUGACGACGGGUCAGGAACGACUCUAUCCGCGUCAGCGAACAGAACACACGGUUCACCCUACCCCUCCAAAGCAAACCCUCUGUACCUCGAGUCACCCCAAUUAGCCACAUCGCUGCCCUCAUCACUAUCACCCAUUCCGUCCCCACACACAACUACCGCCCCUUUAGACAUUCCUGUUGCGCACACCAUCCUUUCCAACGCAAUACCGUUUAGUCCAGGUUCAACAAACAGCAGUGGAGCUCCCGGUGAAUCUCUCGGAAAUGGUGGAUCGAAGGACAAACUCAAACAGCUUGACAUUGAUGAUAUGAUCCAACGAUUACUGGACGUGGGCUACACCGGCAAAGUCAGCAAAUCACUGUGUUUGAAGAAUACGGAAAUCACAGCAAUUUGUCUUGCUGCUCGCGAUGUUUUCCUUAGUCAGCCUACCCUGAUAGAACUUUCACCGCCUGUGAAGAUCGUCGGCGACGUGCAUGGACAGUAUUCCGACCUCAUACGGCUGUUUGAGAUGUGUGGGUUUCCUCCAGCCGCCAAUUACUUAUUUCUUGGCGAUUAUGUCGACCGCGGCAAACAGAGUCUUGAAACCAUUCUUCUCUUGCUAUGCUACAAGAUAAAAUACCCAGAGAAUUUCUUUUUACUUCGGGGGAAUCAUGAAUGUGCCAAUGUUACGCGAGUUUAUGGAUUUUACGAUGAAUGCAAACGACGGUGUAAUAUCAAGACGUGGAAAACAUUUAUAGACGUGUUUAAUUGUCUUCCAAUUGCUGCCAUCGUGGCAUCGAAGAUUUUCUGUGUCCACGGAGGGCUAUCCCCUUCACUUCAUUCAAUGGACGACAUAAAGCGCAUACAGCGGCCGACGGAUGUGCCCGAUUUUGGGCUCCUCAAUGAUCUACUGUGGUCGGACCCAUCAGACACGGCGCUCGAUUGGGAAGACAAUGAGAGAGGAGUCAGUUACUGCUUCGGAAAAGCUAUCAUCAACGAGUUUCUCGUUCGAUAUGAUAUGGACCUGAUAUGUCGCGCUCAUAUGGUCGUAGAGGAUGGUUAUGAGUUUUGGAAUGACCGUACCCUUGUCACCGUAUUCAGCGCGCCGAAUUACUGUGGUGAGUUCGACAACUACGGUGCAUGCAUGAGUGUCUCUGAGGACCUCUUGUGCGCAUUUGAACUGUUAAAACCACUUGACGGCGCUGCUUUGCGCAAAGAAAUGACUAAAGCAAAACGGAAGAGGUGA